UUGAAAAAGAAAGAGGCGACAAAUCCAGGUCGUCUCUUAGAAACCGCGGAACGCCAACAAAAAAGACAAUCAACCACUGAUUUUACGCUAUUUUCUCUCCGAUAUUUCUGCUCUCAACGCACAAUUCAAGUAAUAAUCCUACACCACUUUUUCCUUUUUAGGUGGUGGGUUUUUUUUUGUUGGGAAGGAAUUUAUUACGAAAAGAAAAGGAAAAAAAAAUGAGUGAUCAGGUGGUUUUGUGUGUGGACCAGCUGAUGAGGUCGGAGGCCGUACAAGAGGAGGGUGGUGGUGUUGUUGUUAAUGUGGCCUAUGGUAGUGGGGAAAAUGAAGCGGGGCCGUCGGGCUCGGCGGUGGAUGAUGAAAUGGGAGAGGAGGAGCCGUUGAUUCAAGUGGGUGAAUGUCGCAUUUGUCAGGAAGAGGAUUCUGUCACCAAUUUGGAGAUACCUUGUGCUUGUAGUGGCAGUCUCAAGUAUGCUCAUAGAAAGUGUGUUCAGCAUUGGUGCAAUGAGAAAGGAGAUAUAACUUGUGAGAUAUGUCAUCAGCAAUAUCAACCAAAUUACACUGCUCCACCUCCUCCUCACCGCUUGGAAGAUACUGCUAUUGAUAUUGGUGGAGGGUGGACCCUAUCUGGCACCCCUCUGGACUUGCGAGAUCCUCGCCUCUUGGCCAUUGCGGAGGCAGAGCGACACUUUUUGGAAGCGGACUAUGAUGAGUAUGAUGCUUCAAAUGCAAGCGGAGCUGCAUUUUGCCGUUCAGCUGCUUUAAUUUUAAUGGCUCUUUUACUUUUGCGGCAUGCACUGACCAUCCCAGAUGCUGAUGGAGAAGAUGAUGUGUCUACCUUUUUCUCUCUUUUCUUGCUUCGGGCCGCUGGAUUUCUUUUGCCCUGCUACAUCAUGGCUUGGGCCAUCAAUAUAUUGCAGCGUCGAAGGCAAAGACAGCAGGAGGCGGCUGCAUUGGCUGCGACACAAGUAGCAUUUGUACUACAAUCCGGACAACGGAGGGCUCUGCAGUUUGCAAUAGCCUCAGGACCACCUGCAGUGAGUCAGCCACAGCCCCAGGAACCUGUUUGAUAUGGCUGACAUAAAUUGAUGCAAUAUUUGUUAUGUCAUCUGAAUUGAGUGACCAACCAAAACUGAGGGGGAAAACACGGAGAAGGUUCUCCUAAUAAUUGGAGUUUUAAAAAGGCUAAUCGUGUAUUAAUUUACAGUAUUUUGUUUUAACUACGUAUGAAUUUUACAUGUUUGUUUUAGGAUGAGCGUUUCUGUAAACUGGGUCAAUUUCUUAUUUCAGUUGCCUUGUUGAACCUGUACAAAUUCUUUUACUUGCAAGUAUGUAAAUCUCACUAGUUGUUCAA